CCAUAGUAAAUCAUGACAUGUCCCAUGGCAGACGCCGUAGAGGAUGCAAUGAGGGAUGCGGCAGAACGGCGACACCUGGCGGCGGAGCUGCGCAACAACACCGCCCCCUGCAACACGAGGGGAGGAGGAGAGGAGGAGAGGGCAGGGAAUACACUGGUCCCAAAAUGUACAGCUCCACAGAAAAAAGAACUACUUUUUUUCCACAUAACACCUUCAACAGAGCGAGAACAGGUGAAAGAGGACCGAGAAGAGGAAAGGAGAGAGAGGAGAGAGGAUGGGAAAGAGGAGAGAGAGAGGAGAGGAGGGCUAUCUGUCAGCUGCAGGUGUCCCUACAAACACUCCAGGUGAUCAUGUCAGUGUCCAGAAGUCUCAUUUCAUUUGUCCCACCUGGUUCUGGGAUGACAACAAAAAUCAUCCACUUCAUGGUUAACGGGAGGCUGGAGCAGGCAGAGUUCGGAGCCGACUGCUCUGCUGCUGAUGUCAAAGAUCUGUUUCGGGCGGCGGCAGAGGCAGGCCCUAACCACAUCCUGAAGAUGUACAACAGAAACGGCAGCGUGGUGAACAUUUCCCCCCGGCUGGAGGCCAACAGCGAGGACUCGUACUACCGGCUGGAGGUGGUGGCGUCAGAUCUUCAGAGUGUGGCCCUGCCGACAGAGCUGGACAGCAUGGAGUACAGGCUGCAUCAUCUGGAGACCAAAGUAAUCGAAGACGUGGGAAAGACUCCGGACAUCAUCUGUGAGCUGAAGAGCCAAGUGGAGUCUUUUAAGAGGAAGCUGGAGAGCGUGGAGCACCUGAGCUGGAUGGGUCUGUUCAGGGACGACGGCGACCAGCAGCUCUCCAAGUUCUCCCCGAAACCCAAAACGCCUCAGCUGAGCGUGCAGGAGGAGCGCCAACAAGUACGCAGGAAGUUCCUCAACAUGAGCUCGCUGCAGGUGACAGAAGAAGUGAGAGAGCAUCUCAAAACUCCCAUUUUUGACAACUGGCAGUGGGAGGAGGCGGAGAUGCUGGUGCUCCUCCAGGUGAUGUACACCGACCUGGACUUCCUGACGGCGUUCCACAUCGAGCUGGAAGUCCUGCAGAAUUUUCUGUUUGAGGUGUACUGCCACUACAACAACAUCCCCUUCCACAACUUCCAGCACUGCUUCUGCGUCACUCAGAUGAUGUAUGGACUGAUCUGGCUGACAGAUCUCAGGAACAAGUUAUCAAGAAUGGACCUGGUGAUCAUGUUGACCUCGGCUCUGUGCCACGACCUCGACCACCCCGGCUACAACAACGUCUACCAGAUCAAUGCUCAGACUGAUUUGGCUCUUCGCUACAACGACAUUUCACCUCUGGAGAACCAUCACUGUGCCGUCGCCUUCAGCAUCCUGUCAAAGCCAGAGUGCAACAUCCUGAAAAACCUGACCAGCGAGCAGUACAAACACAUCCGCGGAGGAAUGAUCAAAUGUAUUCUGGCCACUGACAUGGCGAGACACAACGAAAUCCUCAACAAGUUCAAAAUCAUGCAGCCGGUGUUCGACUUCAGAAACAAGGAGCACAAAGACGUGCUGAUGAAGAUCAUGGUGAAGGUGAGCGACAUCUCCAACGAGGCGAGGCCGAUGGCCGUGGCCGAGCCCUGGCUGGACUGUCUGCUGCAGGAGUUCUUCAACCAGAGUGACACAGAGAAACUCAAAGGGCUUCCAGUGACUCCGUUCAUGGAUCGAGACAAAGUGUCCAAACCGUCGUCUCAGACCAACUUCAUCCGGUUUGUUCUCCUGCCGCUCCUCACCGAGCUCACCAAGCUGUUCCCCUGUCUGGAGCAACACAUCCUGGAGCCGGUGCGAAGGGCUCUGGAGUAUUACUCUGACAUGGAGAGAGCCACCAAGGAGGAGGAGGGGGGGACGACCAAACCGUAAAGAGGAAGAGAGUCCGACACUUGUUAGGUUCAGAUCAUCAUCAUAUUCAGCAGCACCUUUUACAACUAGAUAUGAAUGUAUUGCAUCUGAAAACAUGUUUCUGCAUUAUAUGUGAAAUAUUAGAAGCAUUUUACAGUGUUCUUGUGUAGCGGGGGAAUCUCGCUGUGGAUGUCUGUAUGUUCAUCAUCAUCAGAUUCAUUAUCUGGCCUGAUAUCACGUUGUGUCAUGAGGUCAAACAGCUCCAUCGAGAGGACAGUUUGUUUACAUUUUCAAUAAAAGAGUGGGAUUAUAUUAAAGGAUUAAUCUGGUGUUUCUUCUUGUUGAAAUAUCCCCCAAAAAUUAAGCAAUUACAAGUGAUUGAUCUCCAGUAGAGCUCCGUUAUUGUCCAAAAACUAUUAAAAAC